CGGAUUAUAAAGAGAAAACUCACGGAAAACUUGAGAAUGAGAUGUUUUUUGCUUAAAAAUUAAUUGUAUCUGCGUGUGAAAUAUAAUUGAAUGUCUCUUGGUUGUUUUCAAUUAUUUUCUGUCAUAAAACUGACGUAUGAUUGGUUAAAACGUUCACGUCCAUGUUUUCCAUUGGAAAGUUGCGCGGCGCGAUGCGUACGGCUCUUUCGGAACUAGCCGCGAGCAGUUGAGGUAGAAUUCAUAUUGUACGUUUUCUAUCUCGCAUCAAAACUUGUUGUUUUCUGCAAGUAGUACGUUUGCCAUUCUUCUCGUGAGUAAUUAAUAUGUUUGAAAGAAAAUUGAAGGCACUUGGUUACUUGGAAUGGGACAAAGUUAAUGGAAAUAAUACUCAACACUUCAGAAAAGUGAUUAUAUGGUUGGAGGAUCAGAAGAUACGUCAUUAUACUAUAGAAGAUCGUAAACAGUUAAGAAAUAUUACUUCGCCAGAGUGGCCAAAAGCUUUCGAGAAAUAUUGUCAUGACGUUGAAUGUCCGAUAAAGAGUGAAGAAGGCAAGAAUGAAGCUGAUCAAUUAGAAUGGUUCGUUGGAUAUGCUAUUUGGCUCGAUUUUGGUGAUGAUUGUCAAAAGUAUCAACAAGUCACAGGAAGCAAAGCAAAGCCUAAGAACGAAGUAAAAAUACCUAGCAUCAAAUCUACAAACCCUCUAGACAAUUUAGAUUUUGAUAGUAAUGAUUUCAAGACUGGAGUUAGCUUGAUAGCAAAAGUACUGAAUGUACCAAAACAUUCUGAUCAUCUCGUAACACUGCAGGCCUGUAGCAAGCUUGUGUGUAACAAAUUAAGUGCGGACGCACCUAAGCAACAUAAUAAUGUUACGAGUACCAAGGGCAAACCGUUGACGGCAAUGACUGUAGAAUCCAGUUUCAACAUGGGCGACAUAAUGUUGGACAAUGCCGCCAAAGGUCUCUCUUUAUUGUACAUUCAGGAUCUCAGGAAUCUCCAGACGAAGAUUAACGAGACGAUAGUCGCCGUGCAAAAUAUCACGGCUAAUCCAAAAACGGACACCAAGUUGGGAAAAGUCGGUAAAUGAAAGGUUGUUCGUGUACGAUUAUUCAUAAAGAGGCAUGUAUCCGAUAACGUAUUGAGGAAAGAUAUCUCGUGUCGUUCAUAUGUUCCGAAGCAACGUCGAAUAUCUCGUGAAACUCGUUUGAACGAUCAAACGAAAUAUUUAUCGAAAAUUGUGAACCUUAAUUUAUUUAUACUUUGUUAGUCUGUGCCAAAUCUGCGAAUAUAUCGAUUUUACAUGAAAAGAAUAAAUAUUGCAUCUAUUUCGUUAUACUCGAAUCGAUAUAACAUGUGUUGUAUAGAUUUUCGCUGUGACGAAGAAUACUCAGCUUGUGCAAAUAAAAAUUGUCUUGUUAACUUAUUUAUAUAGGAGCAAGUAGAGACUGAGAGCAGUAGGGAAACGUUAGAACAGAAUAAGUUGUUGCAUCACAGUAGAAUGUACGACAAGCAAUAAGCACAAAUAAAUUAAAGUACAGUUAAUUUCUUCAAAAACUGGUAAGCAAUUGUUAUAAAAUAACAAUUGUUUUUUGUUGCACUUAUUAAAUACACGUAUCUAGGUAGCGCUAAUCGUAUUGUAGAGAAAAUAUAUUCUUUGAAAGAAUAGGAUGUAUGAUGUAAGCUGUUCAGCACGAUAAUGUUAUUUUAUCAAUAAAUUUAACAUUUACCAAGUGUGAUCACACACGUAUAUGUUACAAAUAAAUUUAAUACUGCAUAAUUUUUAACUGGCUUUUUCAAAUUUACUUAUAUCUAUAUAUGUAACUUUAGUAUAACCAAAUUAUAAUUGAAAUCCUGCGAUAGUACAUGAGGGUAUAAAAAAAGAACUGCCUCCUAUUACUAAAACGCUUUACUAUAAAAAGAUCUCUAUUGUAUAUAAAUAAAUAUUUGAAUACAAUGCAUAUCUCGUAGUAGUUUGAAAAAGAUCGUUGAAGAAUUUGUCAUCAGUAUAAAUAUCACAAAGCAAUUUUUUAUAUAUAGCAUAUCUAAAUAAGAAACAAAUCGUGGAUUGUACAUAACGUCAAUAAAACUUUUGUAAACGUC